AUGCGACUGCAAUUGGUCCUCUCAGCUCUGUGCUUUUGCCUCGGUAUCGUGUCCGCAAAACCACACCCAACGGUCUAUAUAAUUCGACACGGCGAGAAGCCUCGGGAUCCCAACGACCAUGGUUUGACCUUAGACGGGGUUAAGCGGGCACAGUGCCUGAGACAUGUUUUCGGCCAAGGCUCGGAGUACAACAUCGGGCAUAUUAUGGCACCUCGUGUGAAAUGGGAUGGCACACAUGGCCGUGCGUUUGAAACCGUUCUACCCCUUGCCAAAGAUUUGGGUCUCAGAGUUGACACACAUUGCAAGCGGAACAAAGUGAAAUGUGUGGCUAAGGCGAUCAGGUCGUAUGACGGACCGGGAAACAUUUUGAUUGCAUGGCGGCACUCGACUAUGAGUGGGAUUGUGGAGGAGCUUGGUGCUUGGGAGCCUAUUGAAUAUCCAAAUAAGCGAUUCGACGUGAUUUGGACAGAUCCUUGGCCGUAUGGGAAUGUGACAAGUAUCAAAAGCGAGGGAUGCCCUGGACUAGAUGUUAGGACUGGCCUCGUGGAUCAGGAUUGCGAGCUGACUGCCCUCAAGGAACGGCUGCGCAGCCAUGCGCAGGCAUUUGACGGUCUGCUGUCUUUGAUCCCCGCCAAAUAUUAUUAUGGCGAAGAAGAUACAAGUGAUCAAUGGCAACGCAAAAAGCAAACCAAAGAACAAGCACGCGAGGCGAAGCGGGCGAAGCUGAACCCCGAUGCCGCCAAGACCGCCAAAGACGUGAUGGAUGAAAACGCACGCAAGCGAAAGCGGGAGGACGGCACCCUCGAGUCCGACUCGUCCGACGGAGAGAUGGGCACGGAGACCCCUAAGGAAGGACUGAACCGCGGGGCCGCCAACAUCAAGAAGCAAAAGCAGGUUGAAAAGACUGAUAAGCCAGACGCCGCCAAGGCAGCAGAGGCCGAGGCACGGAAAAAGCAAAAGGAAGAGAAGAAGGCCCAGAAAAAGGCCGCACAAAUGGAGAAAAAGAAGGCCAAGGAUGCGGCCCGGAAGGAAAAAUCCCAGCAGGGAAAGAAGUCAUCGACUACCCCAAUCGAGGAUUCGGAAAAAUCUGCAUCCAAGUCUAACGGCAAGGCAGCCAAGGACACUGAAGCGUCCGAGGAUGAAGAAGAUGACGACCAAGAAGAUGACGGUGUUGUCGAGGAAGGGUUCUCUAUUGAGUUCAACGCUGAACAGGAAGACCCUUCUUCUGCCCCUUCUACCACCGACUCUCCUACCUUCGAUACCUCAAACCCCCAAUCCGGCACCUCCUCCAUUUCCUCCAUCGUUCCUCCCUCCGUCUCUACCGACGUCAAAUCCUCAGAGCCCAAGCCUCUUAAGCACACACCCGAAGAGUUGAAGCAGCGUCUACAGAAGCGUCUGGAUGAGCUCCGGGCCAAGCGCCACGCAGAUGGACUCAACGGCAAGCCUGCACGCAACCGCCAAGAGCUGAUCGAAGCCCGCCGGCAAAAGGCCGAACAAAGAAAGGCACACAAGAAAGAACUGCGCGAAAAGGCCAAGGUUGAGGAAGAAAAGAAGAACGACGAGGCCAUGGCCCGCCGCUUCUCGCCCGGUGGCUCUGGAUCGCUCCUGGCAUCCCCCCGCUCCCCUGCCGAGUCCGUCAGCUCCGCUAGCAACAACUUCUCCUUCGGCCGUGUGAUGUUCACAGACGGCCAGCAGACAGAUAUCACCGGAACCAACGUACGCGAAAAACCGAAGACUGGCGGUGCCCGUGAUCCGGCUUCCCAGCUCAAGGUUGCCGAGGCCAAGAAAGCCCGUCUCGAAGAGAUGGACCCUACCAAGCGUGCCGACGUUGAAGAGAAGGACCUUUGGUUGAAUGCGAAGAAGCGUGCUCACGGCGAGCGCGUCCGCGACGACACCUCUUUGCUGAAGAAGGCCCUCAAGCGCAAGGAAACGGCAAAGAAGAAGUCUGAGCGCGAGUGGAGGGACCGCAUUGACACUGUCGCCAAAUCCAAGGAACAGCGCCAGAACAAGCGCGAGGAGAACCUUCGCAAGCGCCGGGACGACAAGGGCACCAAGGGGGGCAAGAAGAAGUCUAGCAGCAGUGGAAAGAAGAAGGCUGCUCGUCCUGGAUUUGAGGGCAGCUUCAAGGGUGGUGGCAAGAAGAAAUAA